CGGUUUUUUGUGUGUGCGAUAGAAUUAUUGUUUUCAUGAAAGUGAAAAAUCUAAUUAACUUUUUAGAAAAUUUCAUUGUUGAUUGUUAUUUGUGAGACAUUAUGAAGCGUAAGGUUAAGUCCAAUAGGUUACGUAACGUACCUCAAGCCGGAAAUUUUGAGUGUGUCUAUGUGCCCAGUAGCGUCGUUGUGGUAUGCCGCCUUUUAUAUUGAGUUGAUUAGUCCAAUUUAAGAGGAUUUCUCUUUGUGAGAUCGAUUUCAACAGGCGCGGGACACUAAUUCUGUCGAUUUACAUCGAAAUGUUUGUGUAGUCGGCGAGUUGGCCGUCGGCUGCAUUGUGCGUUAGUAGUUGUGAAAGCGUACAUACAUGUUCAUAUUGGUAAAACUGUCAUGACUCGUGUUUACUAUCAAAAUAGUGGUAUUUGUGUUGGUUGGUUAGUUAUUUGAUGUAGUUUAGAUAUUUUAGUGGUAAAAAUGUGUAUGCCAACGAGCAAUGUCUCGGGCUUCGGCUAUUCGUGGUUCACGAGUUCCGGGGAGCUCACCAAGGGCGAGGUGGAGACUCCGAGUAGCCUCAGCUACACCCUGGGGAACACGGUGUCUCCAGAGACGACACUCACUGUUAUGUCACACAAGUGUCCGCAAGUCCAAGAGAAAGUUGGUACUGUGGCUGUGGCAGUGUCAAAUACAUCGGGGACCGCUCAAGUGACGAGAGUUGUCACAACGGGAACCCCAGUAACAGCAAGAAGGGCUAUGUUUGUUGUCAACGAAGCCCCUGCUCAUACGAUAAGCAGAGUUGUACAGCAGAAUCAGACUGCCACUAUUAAUAGUGAGUCAGUGAAUCUAGCAGCCAAGCCGUUCAUGACCCCGAUUGGUCCGAUUCAACUGACAGCCGAAGAAUGCAAUGAGAUAUUGAUGAAGAGGGCGCUACAAGCUCAGGGCAUAGCAACCCCAGUGAUAGAUGCAUCUCAGUUGAACCAUACGCUUCUGAAUGGCGGUCUCAAGAGCUUGGCAGAGGCGACCUCACAGCAGGCUCAAGUGGAGACUAUACAGACAACAACUGGCCACCAGCAGCAACAUCAUCAGCUAAUGCAUACGAAACAGGAACCAGGGACUGCUAAUAGUUCACCAAAGCAGGCGGUGUACUCACAGACAGAGUUGAUGAACACAAACACAGUGAUGACGACAGCGCCGCCGGCGGCCGUCAAGGAGCGGCCCUAUUCGUGUGACGAGUGCGGCAAGUCCUUCCUGCUCAAACAUCACCUCACUACACACGCGAGGGUGCACACUGGGGAGAGACCGCACGUCUGCGCGCACUGCGGUAAGGCAUUCGCUCGCAAGCACUGCCUCAACACGCAUCUGUUGCUGCACUCCGCCGACCGGCCUUACCGCUGCCACGAGUGCAAGAUGGCGUUCACGCUCAAACAUCAUCUGGUUACGCAUUCGAGGGUCCAUAGCCGCGACCGCCCGUUCGUGUGCGGCGAGUGUGGACGCGGUUUUCCGCUGAAGCGCCAUCUAGUGACGCACAGCAAGUACCACGCUGGGGAGCGGCCUUACGUCUGCAGCGACUGCGGGGAGAGUUUCGCGCAGAAGGAGCACCUAGUGAUGCACAGCCGCUUCCACGGCUCGCUGUCACCGUUCGUGUGCCCGGACUGCGGCGUGGCGUUCGCGCGCAAGUUUCAGCUCGUGAACCACGGCCGCGUGCAUGGCCGCGUGCCGCACGCCUGCCCCGUCUGCGGGAAGGAGUUCCUGCAGAAACGAACGCUCGUCGCGCAUCUCAAAAUACACAUAGGAGACGGCUUAGUUGCGUGCUUGGAAUGCGGCGAAGCGUUCAAAUGCAAAGAGGAACUUCAACAACACUACAAACUAACGCGACACUGCCAGUCGUCGACGCAGCAACAGACACAGCAACAACAACAGGCGCAACAACAGGCGCAACAGCAGGCGCAACAACAACAACAGGCGCAACAGCAAGCGCAACAAGCCGCGCAACAGGCGCAGCAACAAGCACAGCAGCAAGUCCAACAAACGGUCAUAAAGACCGAUGAGUUUAAACCUCAAAUUGUACAGGUGAUAGGAGCAGAUGGUCAAAUAGUAACGGAGAAAACGACGCCUGGUUACGCGUGUCCGGAGUGUGGCUCCUGUUUCAAUACCAAGGAGGCGCUGUCGCUGCACGUGCGGCUGCACGCGGGCGACCGCACGUGCGUGACGGACCUGUGCGCGCUGACGGCGGCGCUGCAGCCCGGCCUCGUGGCCGCCGCGCACCACGCCACGCACAACCAACCGAUCCAGAUAAUAUCGUCCAACCCCAACAAUGUUGUUCACACGCAAGUGAUAGCUACGAAUCACCACAUAACACCGCCGCGGCCGAAGAUACAUUUCUGCGUAGACUGUGGGAAAGGAUUCGCCGCCAAACAUGGAUUGCUAGCACAUCACAGAAGGCACCCAGACGGCAGCUGCACGCUUCGCACGCACAUCUGUGACCAGUGCGGGAAGGCGUUCUUCCAGAAGAACCACCUCAUGCUGCAUCAGAGGCAACAUAUGGACUUGCCGCCCAGAAAUUCUCAAUCACAACAGCAAGCGAACCAACAAGCGCAACAACAGGCGCAACAGGCCGCGCAACAACAAGCACAACAACAGGCGCAACAACAAGCACAACAACAGGCGCAACAAGCCGCGCAACAGCAGGCGCAGCAAGUGCAACAACAAGUGCAACAAGUGCAACAGGUGCAGCAAGUGCAACAAGUGCAACACACGGUGCAACAUCAGAACACGCUGCAGUUGGACGAUGAUCAUCAACAACCUACGCAUAUACAAGUGGUGACCAACCGGUCGGGGCAGGUGAUCGGCAACCAGAUCGUGGUGGGCGGCGUGCGGCGCGCGCUGCUGCCCUCGCAGCUGCACAUCGUGCCGCGCGACAACAAGCUGGCGCUGCACAAGCAGCGGCACCACAACGCUGGCGACGUAAAAGAAAUGGGAGGUUUAGUACUAUCGACGGGGCGCGGCACGGGGCUUAUCAAGUACGAGAUAUCGAUCCCGCCGCCCAACUCCGUGGUACAGGUGCAACCCAUGGACUGAGACGAUGAACCUCCGCUCGUCUGGCUCCGGAAGUGACCUUAACACUUUCAUGGACGAACGGCGACGUCCUGAUUCCAAGUGUCAAACCGUGGAGUAACUAAUAUACUACGUAAAACAGAACGUCCAUCUCCAUACAAGAUUUGCGUUUGUGCCGAGAGUUGGUUCUAAAUCUAAAAUAUAUGGAAAGAACAAAACGCAGUAAUACUUCUAUGGAUGAAAGGUCAAUGACCCGCGGUCUGUGUCCCUGAAAGUGUUAAACUAUAACCCAACCGAUUCAACUAGAAGUUUGUAGUGAAGUUCGGUGCAUACUAGCAAGGCGUCUAGUUGAUUUGUAGGUGUUAUAACUAAAGUUCCUGAUAACUCUUUUACCCUUUGAACGUGGGGACGCAUCUAUUGCGUCCCGUAUUCGGACGGAUCGGGUUUUUGUUUGAAAUUGGAAAUUUGAAUAGUGAAGUGAAAAGAACAUUGACUGUAAAUAGAAAGAUGUUACACACUUAAAAAGUUAUGUCGUGAAAUUCCAAAGCUAUAGAAAAAGAAAAGUAUAAAGGGUAAAUCACUGAAAUAAAUUAAGGAAUUCGCUGCCAAAGGAACAAGGAACGCCAGUGUGCCGUUUUUAAAGUGAAACAGAUGCGAGCCCAGUUCAUUUACAUUUUAAAAGUUUCAUAGACCUCGCAUGACCGUGUUCUAUAAAGUUGUGUACGGAUAGCGCGUUCCUGAGUCCGCGCGUACAGCUUCUGUACGGAUAGUCGCGAACGUGAAGUUGAAACGACUGCUUCAAUACUGCUCCCUCCCAACACCGUCCUAAACCACAGAAAGGAAUAAUAACUACGUAUAGAACGGCAACUCUCCGCUCCCCAACACUUUCUUUACUCUUCAAUCGUACGGACGUCAGACGACACAUACAGAAGUGCGUGUAGGAUAACAUCAAUAUGUCUGUGUAAAACGAGGUUUUUUUAAGUGUCCGGAGUGUGCCUAAACUAAAACAACUGCUGGCGGUCAACUGCCGAGCAGUCUGAUGGCGGGAAGCUUGCUGACACCGAGCUGUCUGCUAUUUCAUGUUGUAAAUGUAAACUAUAUCGCAACGCACGACUUAAAGCCUAUAUUUGUUGAAUUAAAUUUUAUUAGUCGGGACUUUUAUUGUGCGUAGGCUCGCGCGGCGCGCUUUCUCUAAGAGUGUACGCGAGUAAGAAUAAGGUAUAACGUAAUGAGUACGGUAUAUUGGUAAUACGCGCUGUCCGUACGCGGCUCAACAUUGCCUGUAGCAUGCAGACAUAACCUGCCGUCGACUUUACAGUUGACGCCAACCAAAUGACAUAAAUACAAUAAAUUAACUAGCCUUAGCGUAGCGGAAUGUUUAGCUUCCUACACUAGACAUUGAUUUUAUACAAAGUUUUGAUGUAAAUCGACAGAUUAAUAGUUAUUUCUUUGGCAGCUUUUAACAUUGUUCGGAGAAUGUUGGCAGACGGGUAAAUGGUGUUUGCGCCGUCUACAACAUUUUCCAGUUUCGUCGCCUUGAAUGGAAAAUAAAAGCAAUAAACUAAAUUUACUAAACUUUUUUAACGAUGUUGAAUGUGCAGACAGUUGUACCCGCGUUUUUCAAAACUGAUAUAGUUUUGAAGACGUAUUUGUAAUUUGUAAAUAUGACGAUAAAUGGGCCAAAAACUGCAUGAUAUUCGCCAUUCGAUUCAUACCAAUAGAUUGAAGAGCUUUAUUUUAAAUAGACUCAAUGAACUUGACAGGCUUACAAUAAAAUAGGUUUUUACUUUGUAUACAAUUGGACUACUUAAAUAUCGGCAAUAAAAUGAAAUUUAAAUCUAAAUUGUGUAAUAUAGAUAGUAUUUAGAGGAAAUGUUCUAAAAUUUAGAACAUUAUGGAUGUGGCGUCGAAUGAAUGAUUUGUAAAAAGACAUACCCGCUAGUUUUCAGUGUACAUUAGUAUAGUUUUAAGAGAACUGUAGGUAGUAUUCUAGGGCUAAAUUGUACAUAUCAAGUUUUGUAACGGCACUGAAAGUUUUGUAAUUAUAAAAGGAAUUGUACAAUCUCUCUGUAGUACGCAUUUAAGUUGUCACGUUAUUUUAGCCGUAUUCGAAUAAGUUUCAGUAAGUACAUAUUUUCCUGUAAAUGGCAGGUCUUGUGUGCAAUCAAUUUGCAUGUUGUUUUAUUAGAUCUGACUUUAUCUAUCAGAGCGUAUUGUUGGCCAUUUUUCUAGCUUGUAUCUUAAAAACUGUCCUAUCUACAUAUUAAAUACAGCAUGAAGCUACUGAGGCAGUUGAAGACUAACAUUCGUAUUCUAAGAUGAUAAUUCGAAACUCCAUCCACACGAACCGUAUUUUAAAUGGACAUUUACGUUCUUGAUUCGAGGACUUGAGUCGAGCAUAUACUGCCAACAAAAUAAUACGAAUAUAAUGACGGCAUGCCUCUACUCAAUCUCACUGGAGUGAACUCGAGGUGAAUUUUAGAUGACGUCUAAGAAUGUCGAUUUUGAGAAGAGUUCCUCAACUGAGGCCGGAAUCCAGGAUGGUGUUAACUUCUUGGAAUAUGGGUGUAAGACAGUUUUAUAUUAUACCAGCUAUCUUAAAAGCAAAGUAACAAAGUCAAUUACAUUAGUAUAAUAUCCUUCAUACUUCCAAGCGUUAGCAUUCACUUGAGUCGGACGACUGGUCAACAAAGUGCGGGGCAUCUUCUGGAUUCGUUGUGUAUCUAGUCUGUGAUAGGGGGAACGUCUGUUAACUCCGGAAGACAUUUUAGUUUUAUUUGGGUCAGCCCCCGUAACAUGGUGCUCGCGUGUCGCGCGCGAUGCGAUAAAUGUGUCAACUAUUGUCUACCCGAUAAAUAAACUUAAGUCUAUUGGUUCAUUAAUCGCAUCGCGUGAUUUGCUAGCAGCAUGUAACGGAAGCUGUUACACCAUAUGCUGGUAAAAGUCUGAUAGCCUGUCAGAUAAGUUCUAGAUAGCCUAUCAGAUAUUUAUCAGCACUUAUGGUAAAAAUGGCCCUCAGAGUCCAGAAUGGCUGGGUUUUAUUUGUGUUAAAUUGCAAAAGCGAUGUUGGAUUAUGAAUAUAUUCUGCGCAUGUUCUCAACAAUGGUUGUUUUUAUGAUAGUUGAAAGUCAAUGUUGAUUAUGUAUGCCUUUCUUAAAAAUCAUGUACUUAUCACUUUGUUUGUGUUUUGAAGAUAAAAAUCAUGAAGAGAAGUUAGGGCUACCCUCCUACUAUAUGUUCAUCAGCAGGCUCUGCACAGGAACCGUGUCGCGUGUGGCGCGAAUUAUAUCUAGGGUUUUGAGAUGCAGCGAAUGCUAUCUAUGUGGAUAGACGUCGUAUGGAUAUUGGUCAAAGCCCCCGAUUUAAUUGGGCGAAGACUAGGGAGUGAAAAUAAGCCCAAGCCAAAUGAAUGCGGCUGACAAUAAAUACCUAUCUACCUUUGGUAGCUCAAUUGAUGGUUUUUUAUGUUAGCCAAGAGAUUUUAUUUAUAAUAUUAUCAAGAAUAUAUUCAUAGUACAUCAUCAGUAUACAGUGCUUCCUAAUUUCAAAGAAAUUCGGGCUGCAGUCAGUAUUAUGUUGGAACUGACUGAAGAGUAUAAUGAAUUAAUUAUGUGAAAUUCUACCUUAUUACUUACGUUGAAUCUUGACAUUGUUUGCCAUUUACUUAUCUGUAAAUAAUUAUAGUGAAUAUCUAUAAUUUUUAUAUUAAAUGAAAAUAUACAUACUAUAAUCA